AAAGAAGUUGUUUCAAGUUUUUGAUAUAAAAAGAGAAAGCUUUCAGGAAAAUCCUGGUGCUUAAAAUUGUCAAAGCUACCUGGCUCAGCACUAGGUGUGCCCUACAGACUGAAGUCAGAAUAACGUGAUUCAACGCACUAAGGCACCAAGACAAGUUUCUUCAAGGCAAGUAGAGCUCCUAUGCCCUGUGGAUGUGCACCUAUAAAAGGGGUAGAGGAUUUGGGAGGCUGCAUCUCUCAUAUGGGUGAACAAGUAAAUCUACCUGAAAUGACCAAAGACUGGAACAAAGAGCACGUGAAACAAUGGGUAACCAAAGACCUUGAGAUUGAGGAAAAAUAUGGACAGAUUCUGUUCCAUGAAGAAGUGACAGGAUUAGUCCUGCAAGAAUUAACUGAAAAGGAUCUUAGAGACAUGGGGCUACCAUGGGGCCCAGCACUUCUGAUAAAGAGAGCAUAUGACAAAUUGAGUAGUGGUCUCCCUGAAAAUCACAACCACAAUUCUGGACAAGUAGAUCACAGAAAACCCUGCAAAAAAGAGCACCAGAAAAAGAUACAACAGCCACAAAAAGAACAGGAAAAAUCAGUGUCAUCCAAUAGGGAUCCUAAUCUCAGCAAGACCAGAGAUACCAAAGAACAAGAAUCAGUUCUUAUGACAGAAAAUGUAUUAAAUGAAGUAGCAAUCACUGAAGACAAACAAAAUAAGAAGCUAAAACCUGAGCAGUUGACUUGUAUGCCACAUCCUUUUGAUCAGCCCCAGAGCAGCCAUCAGUACAUAGAACAUUACCUUCUACCACCUGAAACAGGACCAGGCAACCUCAUAGACCCCAUUCACGAGUACAAAGCCCUCACAAACACAGACACAGCCACAGAAAAGGACAUUAAGAUGAAAUUUAGCAAUGAAGUCUUCCGAUUUGCAUCAGCUUGUAUGAAUUCACGUGCCAAUGGCACCAUCCAUUUUGGGGUCAAGGACAAACCCCAUGGAGAAAUAGUUGGUGUGAAAGUCACCAGUAAAGCUGCCUUCAUUGACCACUUCAAUCAAAUGAUCAAAAAAUAUUUUGAAGACAGUGAGAUCAAUGAAGCCAAGAAGUGCAUUCGGGAGCCAAGGUUUGUGGAAGUCCUCCUGCAGGACAAUACACCAUCUGACAGAUUUGUCAUUGAGGUAGAUAUUAUUCCAAAACACUCUGUAUGUAAAGAAAAGUAUUUCUACAUUAUGAUGCAAACCCUUCAAAAUGAAACAUGGAAACAAAGCGAAGAACUUUCACUCUUUGUGAGAGAAGGGGCUAGCUCAAAGGACAUCUGGGCCAAUAUCAAGCAACGGGAUGUGGAAUUUAAAGCACUUUUUGAAAAGGUAAAGUCACUAGCAGUAUCUAGAAAAGAAGCUGAAGAGAAGUAUGAGGCCCGGGCAAAUAAGAAAGAGAGUGAAGGACAAAAGCUGGUUAAACUUCUCAUAGGAAACGAAGAGUCACUGGAUAAUUCAUACUACAAUUGGUAUAUUCUUGUAACAAAUAAAUGCCAUCCAAACCAAACAGAGAACUUAGAUUUCCUAAAGGAAAUUAAAUGGUUUGCUGUGUUGGACUUUGAUCCUGAAUCUGAGAGCAAGGGGGUGGCCAAAGCUUACCAAAAAAGCCGGGUUGCAAAUCUUCACUUUCCAAGUCAAUAUGAGGAAAAGACAGCUGCCAUAGGGGAGACAAUAUCUCGUCUGAAUCUUUAUGAUCAGCCCAGCUGGAUCUUCUGCAAUGGCAGAUCAGACUUGAAAGAGGAAAAGUAUAAGCCUCUAGAACCACAUUUAUGGCAGAGAGAAAGGGCUUCUGGAGUCAGGCAACUGAUUUCAUUUCUCACAGAUAAAAAUCUCAUGACAAAAGGGAAAUUUCUGGUGGUGUUUCUAUUGCUCUCUCCAGUGCAAAGCCCAGGAGACCCACUCAUUGAAACCUUCUCUGCUUUCUACCAAGAUCUCAAAGGAAUGGAAAGUAUAUUGUGCAUCUGUGUAAACUCACAGAUUUAUCAAAGAUGGAAAGAUCUACUACAAGCCAGGUUGACAACUGCAGAUGAAUUAGAAGACCACAGUGUUUCCACUUUAAAUUUAGAAUUGAUAAACAGUACUAUCCUUACACUGAAACCAGUCACUCAGUCAUCAAGACGGUUCCUGCCAUCCUGUGGAUCUUCUUCCGCUAUCUUAGACAAAAAAGAAGAGGAUAUCUUGACCGCACUGGAAAUUCUCUGUGAAAAUGAGUGUAAAGACACAGAUAUUGAGAAAAACAAACCUAAGUUCCAAGAAUUUAAGAAAACAAAAGAAGAGCACUUUUAUCGAGGUGGCAAAGUGUCCUGGUGGAAUUUCUAUUUUUCUUCUGAAAACUAUUCUUCAGCCUUUGUCAAAAGAGACAAUUACAAAAACCUUAAAGAUCUGAUACAGUGUUGGGCAGAGUCUCCUAAACCAUUAUUUGUAAAAAUUAUCAAUCUCUACCAUCAUCCAGGCUGUGGGGGUACUACACUGGCCAUGAAUGUCCUCUGGGACUUAAAGAAAUACUACAGGUGUGCUGUGUUAAAAAACAAAGGAACCGAUUUUGCAGAAACUGCAGAACAAGUGUUCAAGUUGCUUACCUACAAGGCUACCAGCCAUCAGGAUUAUAUUCCUGUACUUCUCCUGGUGGAUGAUCUUGAAGAACAGGAAAAUGUCUAUAUUCUACAGGAUAGGAUCCAUUCCAUUUUAGUAGCAAAUGGUUUGAGAUAUGAAAAAACACUGGUAAUCGUCUUAAACUGCAUGAGAUCCCAGAAUCCUGAUCAAAGUGCAAAAUUAGCAGACAGUAUUGCACUAAAACACCAGCUUUCAGCCAAGGAACAAAGAGCUUUUGAGGCCAAACUUGAGGAAAUUGAAAAGCAACAUAAGAACUGUGAAAACUUUUAUUCCUUCAUGAUCAUGAAAGAAAAUUUUGAUAAAUCAUAUGUAGAAAAUGUAGUCAAGAAUAUCCUAAAAGGACAGAAUAUUGACAGCAAGGAGGCGCAACUUAUUUCUUUCCUGGCUCUACUCAACUCUUAUGUUACUGAUUUUACAAUUUCAGUGUCACAGUGUGAAACAUUUUUGGGAAUCACAUGUGCUCGUACUCCCUGGAAACCUGAAAGCAUAGAAGACAAGAUGGGAACCUAUUCGACACUUCUAAUCAACACAGAAGUCGCCGAAUAUGGCGGGUAUGCAGGUGUGCGCAUCAUUCACCCUCUGGUUGCCAGUUGCUGUCUCAAAGAGCUGGAAAGGAGAUACCACUUGGAUAAAUGUCAAAUUGCAUUGACAUUAUUGAGAGAGAAUUUAUUCUAUGAUUCUGGAAUAGGAAAAGAUAAAUUCCAACACUACGUGCAAACCCUUCUGCUUACAAGACAGCGCAAAGAAUGUGGAGAUGAAGCGGACACUUUGUUUUCUCCAUUAAUUGAAGCUUUACAGAAUGAUGAAGUCGAAAAGGUCUUGAAACAAGGAAGUGUUCGCUUCCCACAGAAUGCAUUCAUUUGUCAGGCCUUAGCAAGACAUUUCUACAUUAAAGAGAAAGACUUUGACAAUGCUCUCUAUUGGGCAAAAGAGGCCAAGAAGAAAGCCCCUAAAAACUCCUUUAUCUCAGAUACACUUGGCCAGGUGUACAAAAGUAAAAUCAAAUGGUGGCUGGAUGAAAACAAAAACUGCAGGGAUAUCACCGUUAAUGAUCUAACACAUUUCCUGGAAGCUGCUGAAAAUGCAGCAAGAGCUUUCAAAAAAUCCCAGGAGACAACUGACAGGAGCAAAUCCGCAGCAAACUAUGAAACAGAGACCUGGUACCCACAGAAGUCCCAAAGAAAAUAUGACAUGUAUAAUACUUCUGGCUUCUUGGGUGAAGUCGAAGUUGGUCUUUACACUAUUCAGAUUCUUCAGCUCACUCCCUGUUUCCACAAAGAAGAAGAAUCAUCUAAAAAAUCUAUGGCAGCAUUUUUAUCAGGAAAGGGGAAUAUUCCUACAGAUCCAAAAAAUGAAUAUUAUUUGGUUCUUAACAAUUUCACAUCCUACUUACAAAACUUGCAGUCAGAUAUGAAGAAGUGCUUUGACUUUUUUACUGAUUAUUUGGUUCUUUUAAAAACAAGGAAUACCCUAAAAGAAACAGUUGAACUCUCAUUAAGCAAGAAAAUCAGCUGUCAUUUCAGGAAAUACGUGGAACUUUUCUGCCCUUCGGUUUUUGGUUCAUUACAAAGCAAAGAGAGUCAGUUACUCCAAGAGGAGACUUGUAGGGAAAGUCUAGAAGCUUUGAGAGCAGAUAAGUUUUCUGGACUUCUAGAAUAUCUUAACCCUAAUCACAAAGAUGCUGCAACCAAUAUGGAAAACAUAGUGAAGCAGUACACUUUCCUCUUUCAGCAAAAUCCACAAAAACGGCUGGCAAAGGAGAAACAAAAUUUCAUUUUGGCCAACAUUAUUCUUAAUUGUUUAAAACCCCACUCCAAGUCCAUUCAGCCACUUAACAAACUUAAAAAACAGCUUCGAGAAGUGUUACAAUUCGUAGAACUAAGUCAUCCAUAUCCAGACCCUUAUUUCUUGGCCUGCCUGCUGUUCUGGCCAGAAAAUGAAGUAGAUGAAGAUGCCAGGCUACUGGAAAAGUACGUUUCAUCCUUAAAUAGAUCCUUCAAUAGACAGUACCGGAGAGUGUGCAGGUCCAAGCAGGCAAGCACACUUUUCUACCUGGGGAAGAGGAGGGGGCUCAACAGUCUUGUUCACAAGGCAGAGAUAGAGCAGCACUUCACGAAAGUACAAAAUCUAAAUUCCCUCUGGCAGAGUGGAGAUGUAUGGAAAAAAGAGGAAGUCAAAGACCUCCUGCGUCGACUCACUGGUCUGGCUGAAGGCAAGAAAAUCUCUAUCGAAUAUGGAACAGAAAAAAAAAUAAAAAUACCAGUAACAUCUGUUUAUUCAGGUCCACUCAGAAGUGGAGGCCACAUAGAAAGAGUGUCCUUCUACCUUGGCUUUUCCAUUGAAGGCCCUCUAGCAUACGAUAUAAAAUUAUAUCAGUAGACAUAUUACCUCACUGGUAAAGAUGGAGGGGUAGAUAGACAUGCCUCUUCGCAAUUCAUAAUCAUAAGAAGGAAGACAACUGACCUAGAAAUGAAGAACACCCAGAACUGCCAGAAAAUCACCCAGAAAAAACCCCAGACCUCUAGAAAAGUCUGACAAACAAGGAUUUAAAGAAGCUAUAUUCGUCCAGUGAGUAGGAGUAGAAAUGGGGAGUCAAGGUGGAGAGUUGGAGAGGCAGACAGGUGGUGGCAGCCAGUGGAAUGGGCAGCCCCACAUUCAUGUGUGAUGGAUAAAAAUCAGGGGGACAUCUUUUGAGCCAGUGAGUCCAGCUCUAGGUCACACCAUGUGGCCAAGGGCUUCAGCUCUAGGUCACACCAUAUGGCCCAGGGCUUCAGCUCUGGGAAAGAUAAAGCUGUAUAACUUCUGGUUGUAAACCCACUGUAGGGGGUUAUGGUGGAGGAAGAAACUGCCAUUAGAUAUACAAAAGCACCCACCUUGGAAACCACCAGGAUAUUGGGUGAAGGGGCGCCAAGUGCAUACAGGAAGAGUGGGUGAAGUGACUGGAAAUGAGGCGAGGUCCUCACAAGCCCCCAGAAGUGAGCCAGUAGCAGCAUUGUCCCCUCUUCAAUACCUCCCCCAUGCAUAGAACCAUGGUUGCCCCAUACUAGUGAAUGCUCAAGGCUCCUCCCCAUAUAACUUAACAUGUACACUGAAAACAAAAUCAAACUGGAAGUACCUAACACACAGACACAAAAAAGCUGCCAAAAUCAGGAGACAAAGAAAUAUGGACCAAAUGAAGGAACAAAACACAACCCCAGAAAAAAAAAACUAAGUGAUCAGACGCAGAGAUCAAAACACUGGUGGUGAGAAUGCUCAAAGAUCUCACUGAAUACAGCAAAAGCAUAAGGGAAGACAUGAAGGCUCUACUAAGAGAAAUAAAGAAAAAUCCAUAGGAAACCAACAGUGAAGAAAAGGAAGCCAGGAUUCAAAUGAAUGAUAUGGAACAUAAGGAAGAAAUAAACAUUCGACCAGAACAAAAAAUGAAGAAACAAGAAUUCAAAAAAACAAAAAAAAGAGAGAGAGAGAAUAAAGUUUAAGACAACUCUGGGACAUCUCCAAAAGGGCCAACAUCUGAAUUAGAGAUGCCAGAAGGAGAAGAGGAAGAGCAAGAAAUGAAAAACACUUUUGAAAAACUAAUGAAAGAAAACUUUUCUAAUUUGACAAAGAAAAUAGACAUACAAGUCCAGGAAGCACAGGGACUCCCAAAGAGGACCACACCAAGACACAUCAUAAUUAAAAUGCCAAAGGUUAAAGAUAAAGAGAAAAUUUUAAAAGCAGCAAGAGAAAGGCAGAGAAUUACCUACAAAGGAGUUCCCAUAAGACUGUCAACUGAUUCUGAAAACAAACUUAGCAGGCAAAAAGGACUGACAAGAAUUAUUCAAAGUUAUGAAAAUCAAGGACCUAAAGUAAUCUUUAACCAAGAUUACUCUAUCCAGCAAACCUAUCAUUUAGAAUUGAAGGGUAGAUAAAGUGCUUCCCAGGUAAGAUAAAGCUAAAGAGUUCAUCAUCGUCACGCCCUUAUUAUAUGAAAUGUUAAAGGGACUUAUUUAGGAAAAAGAAGAAGAUCAAAUCUAUGAACAUUAAAGUGACAACAAAUUCAACCCAUCAAUGGCUGAAUCUAAAAAACACACAAAAACUAAGCAAACAACUACACAGGAAUAGAUAUGGAGAUCAUUUGGAGAUUUAUCUGGGAAAGUAAAGGAGGAGAUGGGGGGGGAAGAUAGAGAUUCAGAAGCAUAAUUGGUAGGUACAGAAUAGACAGAGAUGUUAGGAAGAGUAUAGGCAAUGGAGAAGCUAAAGAACUUAACAUUUACAGCCCAUGGACAUAAAUUCCCUCCCAAGCAGAGGGAAUCACUGGAGGGAAGGGGGAACUGGGUGAAGGGAGACAGUGGGGGAAAACUGGGAUACCUGUAAUAGCAUAAUCAAUGAAAUACACAUUAAAAAGAUAUAAGCUUAAAUAUGCUAUUUCAUAUUUGUUUCUGAACUUAGUUCCUCUAUUCCCAUGACACUGUGAUGACAGGGAUACCUCUGUCACACACUUUGGCUUUAUCUCCCCAAAUGAAUUAUAAGCCUUGGUAAGGCAUGAAAAAUGUCUACACAACAGAGCUUGGCACACAGUGGAGUCAACUUUCAAUAUUUUAAAGAUGUGCUUUCAGAAUAACAUUUAAUUAAGAGGUUUUAAUUCAUGUCCACUGGUCACAGCAUUACUGGUUAUAGAUCAAUAAAGUCUGUUUUAAUUCUAUCACUACUAUGAACUUUCUGAAUUAUGAACUAUUUACUCACUGUGAAAGCAGAGAUGUGAAAUGAACAUGGGAGAGAGAGCCCCCCUCGUUAGCUUACUGAACUCUGGCUCAGAGAUCCACUCUGAGGGCCACUUCCCUCCCCUUGGUGUCAGCAAGUGUGUAUUAUGUGGAAGGUGACUAUUUACCUCCAUGUAGCCCUCCACACACACACACACACACACACACACACA